AUGUAUAAAAGUCGAUUGCAAGAAUAUACACAAAAAUCUUGUUUACAGCCCCCCGUGUACACGAUUGUUAAAGAAGGAGCUGAACAUUCACCAAACUUUAGAGCUACAGUAUUGGUUGAUGGAAAAAAGUAUGCAUCUGAAGGGACUUUUCAAAGACGAAAGAGUGCAGAACAUAAUGCUGCCAUGAUUGCAUUACAGAGUAUCCAAAAAAAGAUGAACAAUGAUGGGUACCCAAUUAAUCCAAAGUCUAUCCUGAAUGAGGACACAACUCUGUGCAAGUCUAUCCUGAACGAGUAUGCUCUUAAGAUGCACCUGGAGCAUCCAGCAUAUUAUACAGUUCAACCACAAGGCUUAAUUCCAGUUUUUGCAUCCACAUUGGUUCUGAAUGGUGUCAAUUAUACUGGAGGUAGAGGAAGAAAAAAGAAAGAUGCUGAACAAUUAGCAGCACGUGUAGCCAUUUUACACAUUUUAGACUCUGCAGAUUCUGCAUCUGCAACUAUCACGUCUGAGACAAUCAAAUCCAAGUACAGGGACGUCAGAGCAGCCUCUGUUUUCCUCAAGUUCUAG